AUGAAGGUCUGUGUUCUUGGGCUUCUUAUGACUAUGCAGCUACAUGUGGUGCUAUCUGCUCAAGGCCACUACGCGCAGAAACUUUUAAACACUUUGAUGGAGAACUAUUCUAAGGCUCUGAGGCCUGUGGAGGACACUGACAAGGCGCUCAACGUUACAUUGCAGAUUACACUCUCGCAGAUCAAAGAUAUGGACGAGAGAAAUCAGGUGCUGACCACAUACCUAUGGGUGCGCCAGAUCUGGCAUGAUGCUUACUUACGCUGGGAUAAAGAUGAGUAUGACGGCCUGGAGGUCAUCCGCAUCCCUAGUGACCUGGUCUGGAGACCUGACAUUGUUCUUUACAACAACGCUGAUGAAGAAGACUCAUCAGGCCCUCCUGACACUAAUGUAGUGCUGCGGUACACGGGGGAGAUCACAUGGGAUGCUCCUGCAAUCACAAAGAGCAGUUGUGUAGUGGAUGUCUCCUACUUCCCUUUCGACAGCCAGCAAUGCAACCUUACGUUUGGUUCCUGGACCUACAAUGGCAACCAGGUGGACAUCAACAUGGGUGGUAUGGAGAGCGGUGACCUCUCAGACUUUGUGGAGAAUGUGGAAUGGGAAUGUCAUGGCAUGCCAGCUGUCAGGAACGUAAUCAUGUAUGGCUGUUGCUCAGACCCGUACCCGGACAUCACCUAUACGGUGCUGCUGAAACGCCGCUCGUCAUUUUAUAUCUACAAUCUGCUCCUCCCCUGCUUUCUAAUCUCCUUCCUGGCUCCACUUGGCUUUUACCUCCCAGCUGACUCUGGAGAGAAGGUCUCACUGGGAGUCACAGUGCUUCUUGCCCUCACUGUCUUCCAGAUGAUGGUGGCUGAAAGCAUGCCACCGUCUGAGAGUGUGCCACUCAUUGGUAAAUACUACAUAGCCACAAUGACAAUGAUAACAGCCUCCACCUCAUUGACGAUCUUCAUCAUGAACAUUCACUUUUGUGGUGCAGAAGCCAAACCAGUACCCCACUGGGCCAAAGUCCUAAUUAUUGACUACAUGGCGAAGAUUUUCUUUGUGUAUGAGGUAGGGGAGAACUGCACUACUCCUCAAAGUGAAUGCGGUCCAACUUUUGCAGAAGAUCCACUGGCUAGUUUGGAAAAUUAUGACUAUUUCUCCAGCAGCUUUUACAGCAGUCAAAUAUAUGAUGUGUCUAUUAAUCAGUAUAACAGGUAUAAUAACUGUGGAAGAGAUUGCCAUAAUGCCAGAGGUCACCAGUCAAACGGCUACCAUUUUAAUGCCCUGAACAUGGCACACAUGCCUCAACAGUUCUCAUCAAGACAGAAAACACAGCAGCCCAACAACAUACACCACAUUGGGCGAGAUGGCAAUGCAGUUAACCUAAAGGAGGAAAAACUAAGACAAAGUGAUCUCUCUAUUUCUGAAAAACUGAACGGAUAUACCUAUGAACAUGGCUCUGGCUAUCAGCACAAUAAUGAGUACACCAAACCAUAUACAGUGGAAGACUACGGUAAAAAGACCAGCACGGAAAAGUGCAUGUGUGUGUGCGCUCAGCACCAGAAAGUGGUGCAGAACAUUGAGUACAUGGCCAAUUGCUUCCGUGAGCAAAGGUCCAACCAAGCCAAAGGAGCAGAGUGGAAGAAGGUUGCCAAGGUAAUGGACAGGUUUUUCAUGUGGGUGUUCUUCAUCAUGGUCUUUCUCAUGAGUAUCCUCAUCAUGGCCAAGGCAUCCUGA